AUGAUACUCAAUCGAUCAUGGUUGAGCCCCGUCCGAUCUCGCUUUGGGGGCGAGUAUCGGUAUGAGGGUAUCAGAGAAAAGGCCGACAAGAGACCGUCUAUCUUCGGGCGAGCUCGAGUCGCUACGCUCUUCUCGCUUUUGAUCACGAUCGUCAUUCUCUUCUCCCUUGUGUUUCACUCAGACUCUAUCAAAAAUGCCUAUUUCAAACCAUCCAGCCCGGAUGACAUCGCAACGUCCGAGAGAUCUGGCUUCUUCCAUAUUCUUAUACCUGCAGACAGAAGCGAUGUAAAUCUGUGCAAAACAAUCAUCAGCGCCACCAUCCUCGGAUACCCAACUCCCACUCUUUACAAUUGGGCCAAAACUGGUGAUAAGAUGGCAAAGAUCAGUGGUGCAUUGGAUUACCUUAGGGCCCUAGACUCGAAUCACGACGAGGAUAUGGUGUUGUUGGUGGAUGGCUUUGAUCUCUGGUUUCAGCUAUCACCGCAGAUCAUGAUCGACAGAUAUUAUGAGAUUAACAGCGUGGCCAACGAGCGCGUCCGCGGGCAAUUGGGUAACGAAGUUGCGGAUACGUCAGCCACCACCCAGACCAUCAUAUUUUCUUCGCAGAAGAGAUGCUGGCCGGGCAAGCGUGGCGAUCUCAGCUGCUACGCCGUUCCGGAGUCACCACUCCCGCGAUAUAUAUAUGGACCACAGACGGAUAUAGAUGUUGGCGAUCAGAAGAACCCGUAUCUGAAGUUCCGACAACGUUGGUUAAAUGCUGGCUUCAUGAUAGGACCAGUCCAUGAACUACGCACCCUGUUUGAACGGGCAUUGGAAAGAGCGGAAGCAAAUCCUAACCAGGAGGGAAACGAUCAGAACGUUCUCUCCACUAUCUGGGGCGAGCAGGAAUAUGUACGGGAAGCCGCACGGCUCAGCAAGCUUCCACCUCGGAAGCGAGAAGAGCAGACCCCGCGGAAGGCUUUUAAGCCGGCCACUGAAACGAAUUAUGAAUUUGGUGUAGGACUUGACUACGAGAGUGCUCUCUCAAUACCGACAGUGUUCGCCGAAUACGACUCACAGUGGUUAGUCUUCAGCGAUAGCAAGACCCUCGACAAGGCCUUCAGCGAAUACAACAUUACUGACCCACGUGCCACCUCCAUUCAAACCGACGUCGCGAACGAACCUGCCCCGUUCAACUCUAUUCGUAACGACAAAGCUGAUGACUGGCGUCUACCUACCCAAUCAAUGAGCUGGAAGGAGGUGCCAUUAUACACCAAUCUUUGGACCGGUAUCGUCCCUGCGGUUAUCCACCACAAUGCCCAUCGAGAUGGAUUGAAGUCUCUGAGAGAGACAGUCUGGGAUCGGAUGUGGUUCCAGCCAUAUGCUCGCGCACUUCUCAAUGCGCGUAUGAGGGAGCCCUACAAGCCAAUUGCUGUCAGCAAGUCUAACGGACGGAAAUGGUUCAGCACCAUGGAUGGGGAAAAGAGUCUCGGUGCAUGGACAGACAAUGCAGAACAAGGCGGAUGGAUGGACUGGACAGAUCUCUGCCCGGCCAAGGACCAGGAGGAAAUCUUUCGAGAUGGAAAAGGGCCAUGGGUUAAGCAGGACAUCGGAGAAGAAAGUGUGCAUUGGUGA